GGUGGGGUUGCCUUAAUAUAUAUAUAUAAGGGUACGUAGCUCUUUCGGUUCAAAGAGAACAAGUACACUAGUGAACUGAGAAAGCAUUUCGCAAUGGGUGCUUCUCGCAGAUGGAUUUUCGUUUUUCUUCUUCUGUUGAGCAUUGAGUUAAAUUUGAGUGCUUUCUCUCUCGGAGAUUGUGGUUUUGGAGGUCGGAGGGGCUGCGGCGGCGGCAAUCAUGGCUGGGGAGGACGAGGCGGUGGUGGCUUCGGUGGUGGUGGUGGUAGUGGGGGUGGGCUUGGAGGUGGGUCAGGAAAAGGUGGCGGGGGUGCUGGAGGAGGUGGUGGCUUUGGAGGUGGGGGAGGCGGCGGUGUUGGAGGAGGGUCAGGUAAGGGUGGUGGUGUUGGAGCUGGAGGCGGUGUCGGUGGAGGUGCUGGAGGAGGUGUUGGUGGGGGUGGUGGCAUUGGAGGUGGGGGAGGCGGCGGUGUUGGAGGAGGGUCAGGUAAGGGUGGUGGCGUUGGAGCUGGAGGCGGUGUAGGAGGAGGUGCUGGAGGAGGUGUUGGUGGGGGUGGUGGCAUUGGAGGUGGGGGAGGCGGCGGUGUUGGAGGAGGGUCAGGUAAGGGUGGCGGCGUUGGAGCUGGGGGCGGUGUCGGCGGAGGUGCUGGAGGAGGUGUUGGUGGGGGUGGUGGCAUUGGAGGUGGGGGAGGCGGCGGUGUUGGAGGAGGGUCAGGUAAGGGUGGCGGCGUUGGAGCUGGGGGCGGUGUCGGUGGAGGUGCUGGAGGAGGUGUUGGUGGGGGUGGUGGCAUUGGAGGUGGGAGCGGCGGUGGUGUUGGAGGAGGGUCAGGUAAGGGUGGCGGCGUUGGAGCUGGGGGCGGUGUCGGUGGAGGUGCUGGAGGAGGUGUUGGUGGGGGUGGCGGCAUUGGAGGUGGGGGCGGUGGCGGUGUUGGAGGAGGGUCAGGUAAGGGUGGUGGCGUUGGAGCUGGGGGUGGUGUUGGCGGUGGUGCUGGAGGAGGUGUGGGUGGAGGUGGCGGCCUUGGUGGCGGGGGAGGCAGUGGUGUAGGAGGAGGGUCAGGUGGUGGUGUUGGAGGAGGGUCAGGCAAAGGUGGAGGAUUUGGAGCUGGAGGUGGUGUAGGUGGUGGUAUUGGAGGAGGUGCAGGUGGAGGUGGCGGAGGAGGAGGAGGAAGUGGCGGCGGUCUUGGAGGCGGAUCAGGCCAUGGUGGUGGAUUUGGCGCUGGUGGAGGUGUAGGUGGAGGAAGUGGAGUUGGUGGAGGUGUUGGAGGUGGAGGUGGGUUUGGAGGAGGAGGUGGCGGCGGAGUUGGUGGUGGAUCAGGAAAAGGCGGUGGGUUUGGCGCAGGCGGAGGUAUUGGCGGUGGGGCAUGAAGUUUUGCAUGAAUAUUUGAAAUCUAUCUAAGCAAAAGACUGUUUUUGUGUAGCUUAUAAAUCGUGAAAAGAGCUUUAAGCUGCUAAAGCCAAUCAAUGUAUUACUCCUAUGAUAUAUUGUCAUCCCUUAAUCAAUUGAGGGUGGUUUAAUUGUCACUAAUAAGAAACAAUAUUAACCGCA